UGCAGCGUCUCGUAGGUUGCAUCAUACUUUGUUUACAAAUACGACCAGGCGUGUUACAAAUGUGGAGCGGCAUUAAGCAGAUUAUUAAAUGAAAGUUUGGACGUAAUCGGUUUAAAUCAAUAAAACAGUUUUAAUCUUAUCUAACGUUAUGUAUAGAAUACUUCAAUAAUUUACUCAUAUGUUUUAAUUGUCCGGGGACAAAGCAACGGUCCGGUUAAAUUAGGUUCACUUAGUGCACAAUUGAGUAUAACGUGGCAGAGAAAAAACAUUAAAUUUAAAAUGGAGAGGAGUGAUCAAUACGAUGUUAGUACUGAUGAAAAGGGAUUUGAUCCGGAUAAAGUACCAUGGUGGACCUCAAGUCGUCUGGCCCUUGCAGUUCUGGGCUUCUUUGGGUUUCUAAAUGUGUAUGCACUGCGGGUCAACAUGAGUGUAGCUGUCGUCUGUAUGGUUAAUCACACUGCAAUCUCGAUGAAAGAGAUGACCACCAACAGCAGCGGCAACUUGUCAACGACCAUAGUCGCAAGCUCUUCAAGUAGCCACUGUGGUCUCAUCUCAACAGGUUCAGAAAACAAGACUGACUCUGAUGCAGAUAUGGACGGUGAAUUUGUCUGGGACAAGAAGGUUCAGGGUAUAAUUCUUGGCUCUUUCUUCUGGGGCUAUCUAUUCACCCAAAUACCUGGCGGCUGGCUUGCGACAAAGAUCGGAGGAAAACGAGUAUAUGGAUACUGUAUGCUAGGGGCUACGAUUGCAACAUUCUUAACUCCCAUCGGGGCCCAAACUCACUACAUAUUCCUUAUAGCGCUUAGGGUCAUUGUGGGCUUUACUUCAGGUGUUUGUUACCCAUCAAUGCACGCUCUGUGGGGCAACUGGGCUCCUCCUCUAGAAAGAAGCAAAUUGGUUUCUUUCACUUAUGCUGGUGCCCAGGUCGGCAAUGUGAUAACCUUCCCGCUGGCAGGAGUGUUGUGUAAAUAUGGCUUUGCCGGAGGCUGGCCCUCAAUCUUCUAUGUUCUUGGUAUAAUCAGCUCUAUAUGGUUUGUUCUGUGGAUGAUCUUUGUAAGCGAUUCCCCAUCAGAGCAUAAGCGUAUCAGUAAAGAAGAAAAGGCGUACAUUCUCUAUACUCUCCGAGAUAGUGCCAAAAGGGAAGAUAAUAAGAGCCUGUCGGUGCCAUGGUGUAAGAUGUUUUUUUCCAUGCCUGUAAUGGCCAUCUUGGUUGCCAAUAUCACCACUGACUGGGGUCUCUACACACUUCUUACCAGUAUACCCACAUACAUGAAUGAGGUCCUCAAGUUGAACAUAUAUGCUAAUGGGUUAUACUCUGCCCUGCCCUACAUUGCGUUCUGGUUGAUCAUCAAUAUAACUGGAUGGCUGGCAGACUUCAUUGCUUCAAGGGGAAAUUUCUCUAUUGCUCUGACCAGGAAAUCGUUCACUGUAUUUGGUAUGUUGGUGCCAGCCGUUCUACUGAUAGGCCUUGGAUAUGUUGACUGCUCCCAGCCAGGAAUUGCCAUAACGCUGCUUGUCCUAGGUGUCUCUCUGUCCGGGGCACAGUACAGUGGUUGGGUGGUCAAUCACAUGGAUGUCGCUCCAGCCUUCGCAGGCAUUUUGUUUGGAAUUUCCAACUCCAUUGCUGGCGUGACUGGGAUUUUGUCCCCUGUGGUGGCUGGCAUAUUGACUGAGGACAAAACGAGAGAACAGUGGCAGAAAGUGUUCUAUGUUGCCGCAGCUUUCUACGUGUUUGGAGCAAUAUUUUACGCGAUAUUCGCUUCUGGAACCGUCCAACCCUGGGCUCGCAAAGAAAUCGAGGAAGCCUUAGAUGCAGAGGUCGAACUGUUACAAGUAAAUAAGACCAAUGGUAAAGUGAAUCAUGAAGAGAAUGGAGAUGCUACAAAAGUUACAGACCCAAUGGUUUGAUGAUGGACUGUUUAUUAGAUACGUGAUUAAACCUUUUUUUAGAUUAUCU